UUGUGACCCCUCUAACGAUUCCACCCCUUACCCUCUACCAAUCAAGAGGGGUUUCGCCCCUGUAGGACCUCCCCAAGAGGAGAUUUGACCAAUCAGGAUGAGUUCCGGGGUGGGGUGACCCGACCAGAAACGAUUCGCGUGUGACCCCUCUAACGACUCCUCCCACCGACCUCUACCAAUCAGGCCACCCGGAGACCAGAUUUGACCAAAACAGGGCACGUUCGGGGACGGGGUGAACUGCCCAGAAGAGGGGCGUGUGACCCCUCUGCCAAUCAGAGUGCAGCACCAUCACCCCAUAAGUCCCAGCGUCGGGCGGAAGAGGCUGUCUUUUACCAAGAGCGCGUGUUUUACAAAUCGUGGAAACAUGGACUCCUUCACCACCCCCGUGAGAGCUUCGGACUUUGUUUUAGCCCCGAGGGCCUUCGACAAACCGCGGAGAAAGCGCUACAUCAGCGACAGUUCCGAGGAGGAGGAGGGGGCGAUUGAGGGGAGCCCUUUGGCCCAGCCAUUGAUGGAUACCCCGGACCCUGAAACCCAGCCGCUUGUGGGGCCCCGCAAUGAGCAUGAUGGCCUCUUGUUGUCCACCCCCCUGGAGGAGGAAGGUGAUCGCAGCUCGGGGAAGUCACUAGUGGACAAGAUGAACGGAAGAGACAACGCUCAGUUCGACGAUGCCUUUCUAGAGGACCCAGAGACCCUGGACAGCGUUGCACCAAGCAGCGAAGAUGAACCGGGCCCACCUUGUUUUUGCUCAACGCCGAUACAAAAUGUUGAAGAGGACUCCGAGGAUGACAGCUAUGAGGAGUUUAGGAGGAGGCUUGGCAUGGAACUGACUGAGCCAGUGCCACGUCGUGAGAGUAAAAAAGUCAUGCGGACUAUUGUACGCGUUGCUGUUUAUUCUGUUCUUAAUCACUGUCUUAGGGAAAAGCUUUUUGAAGAUUGUGAGGGCUGUGUCAUAGAUGCACCAGGCCAGCGGCACCAUGACUGUGUGAUUUGGACUUCAGUGGAUAUAAACUGCAAGCUCCGGGGCCUGUGUGCUGAGCUGUGCUUGGAAAGCUUAUUAAACACUGUUAUUGCCAUAGGUUAUGCUAUGCAAUGUCUGUGCCUAACCCAAGAACAUUUAGCACAAGGGGUGACCUUGAUAAAUGCUGUGCAAUUCAGUGGAGACCCUGACCAUGUUUUAAAGAAAAUGACCAAACCGGAAGAUGCCUGCUUAGAGCGUUAUAUUGACCGUCUGGUCCUCACAAAAAAUUACAGAACCCUGCUUAAGAAAAAGGCUAUUUGUAAGAAAUCGAAAAGGAUUAAGUUAGAAAAUGGUGAGGGGCCAAACAUGCAAUAUAAAACUUGGUAGCUGUAAAUUUAAAAAAAAAAAUCUAUUGAAAAGGGCUUUGUGACUAUCUGUAUUUCUGUUAAAGGGUCUCUGGCCCUUAAGGGAGCUUAAAGUUUUUUUUUUCUUUUUUUAAUGGAGCAUCUUGGUUUG